AUCUUCAGUCUAGCUAUAGUUCUCGUUCGAAACGUAAACACAAUCUUUUUGUUCAGCUGAUAUUCAAUUGAAGUGGGUUUUUUACCAUUCUAUAUUAUUAUUAUUAUUAUUUGUUUUGUUUUUUUUACGAAACACUUGCUUUUUUUUUGAACCUGUAAGAUAAACAAACAAAUAAAGGAAAUUAUAUUUAACAACAAUGGCUAAAUUUAUAUUAAUUAAUUUGUCUGUCGUACUAAUGCUGUUGACUUAUGUAUGGACCAUUCAAGCUAAAGAUUGCCCCACGGCCUCUAAAAAUUACAUUUGUACUCCUCGCUGUUAUAAGGACAGUGAUUGUGCCUCCAUAGCUGGCAAAUGUUGCCCCAAUUUGUGCAAUCAAAAUUCUUGUGUUGCUCCUCACAUGCUAACAAAUAGUGGUGAUAAAUAUGGCACCAAACCGGAUAAAUAUGGUGGUUCUGGUUCGGUUUAUUGUGGCAAUGUUAAAUGUGGUCCAUUCGAAAAAUGUGAAGUGGAUCGUAUUACCAAACGUGAGAAAUGUGUUAGAGCUUAAGUGAUUUUGUUUAAAACCGAAUAUUGCCAAUUAUAUAUAUUUAAACAUAGUUAAUAAAUAAUAAUAAACAUAUGAACUCGUA